UCAGCCAACGGGCCUCUUCCUGAUGUCCUGCAGCAGGGCCGGUUGCUGGUUGUGGACUAUGCCACCUGCUCCAGCUCUGGCUGGUGGGGCAGCACCGUGAAAACCAGUAUGAUCUGUGCUGGGGGUGAUGGCAAGAUCUCCAGCUGCAAUGGAGACUCCGGCGGGCCGCUGAACUGUCAGGCAGCUGAUGGCCGGUGGGAGGUGCAUGGCAUCGGCAGCCUCACGUCUCUCCUUGGCUGCAACUACUACUACAUGCCCUCCAUCUUCACGCGGGUCUCCAACUAUAAUGACUGGAUCAAUUCGGUAAGAACCAGACCAGCCCUGAGCCCCAGGGCACUGCCCUGCUUACCUGGCCUCGGAGUGCCAUGCCCACCUGGUGACUGAGAACCCCCUCCUUCCUCUUGAGAGCUAGAUGGGAACCCCUUGGAGAAGGCUGCAGACCUUGGCAACUGCUGGGCCCCCCAUGGGUCCCCAAAAUUUCUGUGUGGGUAAAGCUGAGUGAAAAGGAACAUAGAGGGUGGCCUUGUCCAAAGAGGUUGAACACUGCUCAGGCAUGUUAAGAGUUCCAUGGCCGGGCGCUGUGACUCAGGCCUGUAAUCUCA